AUGUUUCGUCGGUGUCAGCGGCGAUGUAUGAAUCGUGGGCAUCUGGCCCCUACACCGUCCAAGUACUCGGAUCGCCCCGGUAUGUGGGGACCCGGCGCGGGGCCAGUGAAGGACACACUUGCCCGGCGAACAAUGUUCUAUCGAAUGGUUGUAAUGAAUAAAAUCGGGCGUUUGACAAAACCCUUUCGAACAAAUCGUGCUCGAUGGAUUUGGCGUAAAACCCAGUUACAGCUAUGGAAAACAUUUGUUAUGACGAUGGUCUUUAUGUGUGCGGUGCUCUUUGGGAAUAUUUGGAUUUCUUUCGUGUAUCAUGCGUACACGGUAGGUCCUACCACUCCUGUUCUGGAGCGAAAGGUACGUGAGCAUCGUGUUUCCAAACAAAUUCUUCAAAUGGUUAGGGAGAGGGAAAAGGAAAUAGUAGCGGAGGAGGAAUUAGAAACGGCGAAGAAAACAAUAGAAGCACAGAAAGCUUCACAUUAA